CUCGAUUGUCUCCUCUCUCACCCUCCUUCUCGAUUCUUCCACUUGUAUCAAAUAUCCAGUCAAGGGUCUCCGACUCCCAUCUGAGCUUGCAUUGCUCAGCUCUCCUCUAUAAUCUCCGCAAGCAUCCCGUUCUUUCGGAUUGAGAUCUUUCUCAGUUAGACGGGAAGACGACCCACCAGGGAAAGGAGGCCGUCCUCCAUACCAGCUAGUCGUGAGGCUGUCUCCUCCAUGGAGCGAGAGCUAGCAUACCACUGCUGUUCGAACUCUCCUCCUAUCUCCUCUUCCAUCACCACGAGUCCUACCACCGCCUUCUCUGUUUCCGGACGUCAACGCUCUUUCACCACCCGUCAUGGCCGACUCCGACUCCCCCCGCGGGGUGUCGGACGAACUCGACCACAGCGAUCCGUCUUUGGCAGAACUCCACCCCCGCACGCUUCCCGAUGAUUUGCCCAAAUCCUUAGACGACCGUCGUUCGAUGCCUGUUCUGCAACCCGAGACGGAGAUGUACGAUGCCUGGCAAGGCCAGUCACAAUUUCUCACCACCCCCGUGGCCGCCAAACCCUUGAGCUUCAGCCUCACGCUCGACGAUCACACGCAUGACGAGGAGCACGCCCUCCAAGCGCAGUAUGGACGCGGUCUUGCUGCAGCCGCCAUCGAUGACGACAACGAAUCUACAAUCACGGCUCGUCUGGAGGACAGCGACGCUCGGUUGAUGGAGAUGCUUGCUGCGCAAGCGGCCCAUCGGGAAGUGGAUUCGCUCGGUGCGGACGAAGAUGCCAUCGCCUCCGAUGAAAAGCUGACUGAAGCGGAGAAGCGGGAUAUCUUACAGCGGAGCUUGAAUAUGGCGGCGAGCAAUGGCGACGUGGAUCGUGUUCGCAAGCUGGUCCAGGGACAAGCGAAAGAAUACGUGGAUGUCAACAUGCCGGAUGAAGAGGGCACGGUGCCCCUGAUUUACGCGAGCUGUUUUGGACAUCAGGAUGUCGUGUCGGCUCUGCUCGAUGCGGGGGCCCUUGUCGAUCAGCAAGACCGGAAUCAGUGGAGUGCCUUGAUGUGGGCGAUGACCAACCGACAUAAGACCAUUGCGAAAAUCCUCCUCGACCACGGCGCGUCUCCGGACAUCAAGUCCUCCUCCGGCGGCACGGCUUUCGACUUUGCUCAACCUGGCAGCGAGAUUUCGGAGUACCUACAUGAAAAUGGGUAUCAUUUUGGACCGAGCGCCAUCGAGGACGACUUCUACGAUUCUGGAUUUGGACAUGGCCGCUUUGAAGAGGAGAUUGCAGAGAACGAGAUGAAGCGGCGUAUGAUGAUGGAAGAGAGUGCGAUCAAUCUCGAGGUAGACUUGUCGAGUCUGGGCCUGGACGAGAAAUUUGACUCGCAAGAUGAGGAUCUGGAAGAGGAGCAGCAAGAGUUUGUCUGGGACCGGUGCCUGAACGACCAGAUGUUCGUCUUCCAAGACAAUGAGCUCGAGAAGAUACUGAAUAUCAUUAUCACGAAUAUGACACCCCAAAGAUCUCCCUCCCAGAAGCCGGUACCCGCCAACCUUUUGUUCCUCAGCGCUCGUUACGCCCAUUAUCAUGCCAGCUCCGAACUGCUGGCCACGCUCCUAGUCUCCGCGACGGAUAAAAUCAACGACGUCGUAGAGCGUCAUCAAUGGGACAUGACAAUUCUUGCCUUUUGGAUGUCGAAUGCUACUCUGUUACUCCAUUAUCUGAAGAAGGAUGCUGGUUUGGUAGAAGCAACGGUGGAGUUCCAGCUUCAUCUGGCCGAGUUGAUUAACGAGAUCUUCAUUCUAAUCAUCCGCGAUGCUGAGCGUCGCAUGAACAAGGUUCUCGACUCGGCCAUGCUUGAUCACGAGACGAUCCCCGGUCUGGAGGACGUGCACUUCCAGAACGAAUGGAAGCUAUUCCGGCCCAAGUCCAAGGCCAAAGCUCCCGAGCCGGUGGAGAAACGCUUCCGGCCACCAUCCCCGCGACGGCGCGCACAGGUAUCCCCGCGCAACAUCACCUCGCUUCUGUCAUCGACUCUCUUUGUCCUCGAUCUGUACGAUGUGCACUCGGUUAUCAUCACUCAGAUUAUCUCCCAGCUUCUGUACUGGGUGGGAGCGGAGAUCUUCAAUCGCAUCAUGACGACCAAACGGUACCUGGCGCGGACGAAAGCAAUGCAAAUUCGCAUGAACGUUUCGACGCUGGAAGAUUGGGCCCGGAACAACAACCGCCAACCGGAACACUACGAGAAUGGCUCGACGACUAGCACGGGCGAGAGCACCAUGGACGCUGCGCGCAAGCAUCUCGCCCCGGUGAUUCAGCUUCUCCAAUGGCUGCAAUGUUUCUCCUCCCUGGGCGAUGACUUUGAGUCGUUGGUGACGACCCUGCUUCAACUUCAGCAAUUGACACCGGCCCAGCUUCUGCAUGCGGUCAAGUCAUACCGACCGGAGGUUGGAGAGAAGGGCCUGACCAAGCAAGCGAUGAAGUUCCUCAUUGAGCUGCAGCGCGACCCGGAGCUACUCUAUCGGGAGCACGCUAAACUCCAGGCGGCUCAGCAGCAACGAGCUGCAGCGCAGGCAACCGUUCCCAGUGAUGGCGGACGUCCCCAGACGCCUCCCGGCACGACGGCCGGCGAUGCGACCGCCUCCCCAGACGCGUCGACGCGCGCCUCGGUGACUUCUCCGGGUUCCAGUAUGGCGUCUCCGCGACCAGCCCUGAUGGAGGAGCGGGCUGGCAGUCAUGGAGUGUUUCUCGAUCCCUCUUUGACCCUGCCAUUCUCCUUGCCCACCAGCACGGAUAUGCUGAUUAGCUAUGGGGCGGGAUGGGGGGGUACCAACCGCGAACGGGCGCGUAAAUACAUCCCGACAGUGCCCCCGGAAGUGCUCAGUCGCUUUGAUCGCGACGGGUGAGGAUCAAAGGAGACGAUGAGUAAGAGGCCGUCUAGCUGUGUAUCGGGAUACCCUAGGAUUGAUUACCUUACCUUCUUCGAGUAUAUACAUUUAUCUAGGAUAUUUUUCCCC